UAAAAGAGACGAGUUUGCUGUCACCCAUGGCUUUCUUAAAAGAGCAGAAAGUGAAAGAAAAUAUUAGUGAAAUCCCACAUUCAACUGGUUUCAAUGGUAGAACAAGUUCACCGCAGAAAGCGAAACCAUCUGGUGAGUUACCAGCUUUGAAAAAUACAAAGGCAUUUUCUGCAGCGCAUAAGUCUUCCCUUGAGGUUGAAGAGGCAAAAUAUAGUUCUCAGUGCAAGGAAGAGGGAUCCAUACAUCUGGCCCCCAAUCAUAGGAUUCCAGUUUGUGAAUCUUCCCAUGUUGACAACUUGCCUGCAGAGAAACCUGAAAUAAAGAAACCUUUGUUUUCAGGGGGCAGUGAUGUUAUACUCCUUAGUGAUGAUGAGGGAGAGGAACCCUUACCAAUUUCCAAAAGUGCAAAGGACACCUCCACAAAGCAUAUAGGACCUUCUUAUAGAAUGGCAUGUCCAAAUGAUAUUGUGAGUACGGGUAAUAGUACUAAAGACCCAGUCUUGACAACCACCCCUAUCGCUAAUAUGGCUGUAAUGGGUGAAGCGGAUCCUAGUUUGUUUAUUGAUGGGGAGAGAAUUAACUCUUCAUCUAGUUCAGAGUGUCUAAAAGAAACAGAUCUUGAUAAAACAAAAACAAAUGUUGGAUCCAGUCCACAAGACCUAUCUGCAAAUGCUGAAGACUUUUCAAGUAGAAUUGAGACUGGUGAUUGUAAUGUGGAAAAUGUGGGUAGUGACUUUCUGUUUCCACAGUCAGGUGGCAGCCGAAAACCUGAUAAUGAGGAUAGAGAUAAAAAGAUAGGAUCAGAUGCCCCCUCAAGGUUAACAGACAAUGUACAAAAUGAACAAUUUAUCCCAUCUUGUACUCAAAAUAAUCUGGACAGGUACUUUCGCCAAAAGGGACCUCGCAUAGCGAAGGUAGUGCGAAGAAUCAACUGCAAUGUUGAACCUCUGGAAUCUGGAGUUGUGAAUUCUGGAAAGUUGUGGUGUGAUGCUCGGGCCAUUUACCCCAAAGGAUUCAGGAGUCGCGUUAGGUACAUAAGCAUUAUAGAUCCAACAAGUAUGUGCUAUUAUGUUUCAGAAAUUCUGGAUGCUGGACGGGAUGGACCUUUAUUUUUGGUUUCCCUGGAGAAUUGUCCUAGUGAAGUAUUUGUUCAUGUUUCGGCUGCCAGAUGCUGGGAAAUGGUUAGGGAGAGAGUGAAUCAAGAGAUCACAAAGCAACACAAGUUGGGAAGAAUGAAGCUUCCUCCUUUGCAACCUCCUGGGAGUCUUGAUGGCAUGGAAAUGUUUGGUUUUUCUUCACCGGCAAUUGUGCAGGCUAUUCAAGCAAUAGACCAAAAUCGAGUCUGUACAGAGUACUGGAAGUCCCGGCCCCUGAUGCAUAUUCCCCAUCAUUCUCAAUCUGAAGACACCAGCAGGAACCUCUUGCUGAAGUCUGAGAUUCCAACUGAUGAGGAGUCUGGCAAGAGCGACGCAUUGCUUGCCGGAGUUGAUACAAUAAUCAAUGGCCUAUUCAAAAAGGCCAAUCCGGAAGAACUAAAUGCACUGUACAGCAUCUUGAGUAAGAAUAAUUCAACAGCUGAUCAAUGCCUGGUGACUCAGCUUCUUAAUGAAGAGAUUCACAAGCGUCCAAGAUGAUUCAUUUUCCAGUCUCAUGAUUGAGGUCUGGACUUUGCCAUAACAAUGUAAAUGCCGGGUCUUAUUUUCAGGUCACAAAUUACGUCCUAACCUCGUUCCUUUUCUCAAAACCUCGUUCUGGCUCGUGGUGGAGAAGCUAAACAUUCAUCAGGUGGAUGCUCACUUCUCCAGAAUCAUGCUAUCCACAUUCAUUUAACAAAUGCAACUGAUUUUUGAUGUUUCUGCCCCUUCUGCUUGAGCUUUAGUGUUCUGGGUUUUAUAUUCAGUGCAAGUAGUCUGAGAAGGAGCUCAAAAUAUUGAUAGGAAUUAACAGAAACAAUAAUCCAUUUUUUAUGGGAACUAGAAACAAGAAUUAUUUGCAGAUGUGCAGGUUGGAACAGUGUAAAUGCAAACAAAAAUUUCUUUAAAAUGUUGUUCACAUUCCAAUUUGUCUCUGUAUAAAAUGCCUUUCUGAUUUGAGUGCUAGAG